UUUGACAUUUCAUUUAUUUGGUUAUCUCAAGUGUCACUCAAUUUUGGGGGGUCAUUUUUGGGCUUAAAUCCCAACAAAUUGUGUUGGAACGAUUAUCAAAUUUGUUUUAUAGUACCAGUUUGUGAACGAAUGGCAAUGGACAGCGGUGAAUCGACCAAAACGAAAAAACCGUCAGAUAGUGCAUUUAAGCAGCAACGUUUGCCAGCCUGGCAGCCGAUUCUGACCGCGGGGACAGUCCUUCCAACGUUCUUCGUGAUCGGAAUUGCGUUCAUUCCUGUGGGUAUCGGCCUGUUGUACUUCUCAGAUGAGGUGAAGGAGCUUGUGAUUGACUACACAAACUGCAACCAAACAAAUGAGAGCAGUUCCAUUAACGGAAACUUUACUGAUACGGGAAAACGGUGUGCUGAUGUUAUCUCCGACGACGCCAACGCAGAAUGCACCUGCAUCAUCCCCUUCACGCUCGAAUCGGACUUUAAGGGAAAAGUCUACAUGUACUAUGGCCUCAGCAACUUCUACCAAAACCACCGACGAUACGUCAAAUCGCGCGACGAUAACCAGUUGUUGGGACGGUUGGACGCGGAACCAUCGUCGGAUUGUAGUCCCUUUGAUAAGAUCAAGGAUAAACCAAUAGCCCCAUGCGGGGCCAUCGCGAAUUCCCUUUUCAGCGACGUUUUAACCUUGAAGAAGCUAGAAGAAAACAGUUGGAAAGACGUGGAGUUGAUCAAAAAAGGCAUCGCGUGGGACUCGGACAAGAACAUCAAAUUUAGAAACCCCCCCGGGGAUUUGAAGGAAGCUUUCAAGGAUUUCGCUAAACCCAAAGCUUGGAAAAAGAACGUGUGGGAAUUGGAUCCUAAUGAUCCGGAAAAUAAUGGGUUUCAAAAUGAGGAUCUUAUUGUAUGGAUGAGAACCGCAGCUUUGCCAACUUUCCGUAAACUAUACCGAAAAAUUGAUCAUACUCAGGAUGGAUACAAGGACGGGUUGCUUAAGGGCAAAUACCAGUUGAGAGUUGACUAUUCUUACAAUGUGAUGCCGUUUGAUGGGACAAAACGCAUGAUUUUAAGUACAACGUCGCUUUUAGGAGGGAAGAACCCGUUUUUGGGAAUCGCCUAUAUCGUAGUAGGUUGUGUUUGUUUAUUACUAGGAAUUAUAUUACUCUUUAUUCACAUAAAGUGUGGUAAAAGCACAAGUGAAAUGAUUAAUGUCAAUCCAAGGACAAACUACCAGUAAGUAAUACAUUCCUAGAAACUAACAAAGUGGCCUUAUAAAAGUAUUGUUAUUUUCUCCACACUACGUAUAUAUUCACUUUCUCGCAAGCCAAUAUUAAUUAUUUAAUUUAGUAGUAAGUUUUUAAUUGUGAUAAAUGUACAGGAGCUACGUGUUUUGAAGUUAUAUAAGUGUAUUAUAUUUUGUUAUUUAAUGAAUGUGAAAUAAAAAUUCUUGUUUUAA